UGUUGACAUUUCCAUGGAAACCCUGGCCUCCGGUUGGGCCUGUGACCCCUGCAACCUCAGCGACCUCAGAGAGGAGCCACCGCCUGUGUGGGAGUCUCAGUCUGCGUUUAACGCCUCAUCUCCUCCCCCUGCUCUGAUGUGGACCAAUCAGCUCUCUCCUCACCUCCACAGAAACAAACUGCUCCAGGACACGCUGCUGCAGAGAGAGGAGGAGCUGGCCCGACUGCAGGAGGAGAACAACAAACUCAGACAAUUCUUCAACUCUUCGUUUGUGAGGAACCUCCAGGAAAAAGCAAAGAAACUAACUGCCAAUGGAGGGAGGAAGCUGAAGAGAAGCCUUAUAAACGAUGAUAAUGGACCUCUACAGCCCCGUGGUCAUCAGCUACUAAACUCCCAAAACAUCAGCAAGAGAGUCUGCAGGAACCUCACUGCCGAGUUCUGCUCUGAGUCCUUUGAGACAUCCUCAUCUUCAGAACCAAACCUGGACCUCUGGGUUCUACGGACACUCGGAUUGAAGGAUCAAGACACCAUCGAUACGUCCAGCGACAUCACCUCUUCCUCUGGAUACAGCACUUUGGUUCAGAAUACUGAGUGCUCUCUGAACUCCUCUUUUGACUCGCCUGAUGCCUCUUCUUCUACACCUUCCUCUUUCCACAACUACUGCCAAACACCUGUUACCGAUUACAGGUACAGUACUGCCAAAAACCAAGACGGACAGUGUCUUAGUCCUGCCAGCUUUUCUCACAGCUGCACAUCUCCUCCAGGCCAACGCUUUGACUUCACUGCCACUGGAACGUUUGAAUCUCCUGAGACUGUGAUCAGGACCUACGACACCUUCACUGCCCUCCAGUCUCCAUCACAAGAUUUCACCACAUCAUCACACCAAGCAGACUGUUCCCAGAUCACUGCCUCAGGAACAGUCCAAACUGUGCAAGGAAACCCAGCAGAACCUCCGAAUUACUGGUCCCCUUUUAGAAGCAGCAAGGCACCAUCUCAGGAACCAAUCCACUUCAGUCCACCUACAGAGGGAGUCCAUUUCUCUCCUCUUGCCUCUUCGAGUCCAGUCCAGUUAAGGAUGCCUGUUCAUGGCAGCAGCCCUACGAGUCCGUCAGAAGGAUCUGCCACUCCUCAGACGCCUCGCAGCCGCACAGAUUUGGCAUUCAGCAUGUGUCUUAGUCCGUCCAGCAGCGUUAAGACCCACAGCUUCCCCCAGGGACAAGCCUUUGUUAGAAAGGACACCGGGGGACGGUGGAACUUCACCUGGGUACCAAGACAAGGACCAUGAGAGUUUACCCUUAAAGGGACUCACUGCUCCAGUUCUUUCAGAACUCUAAAUGGAUGAUGGACUUGUUGCUGUUUUUUAGUUAGUUCUUGGUCCUUCGUGUGGUUUUUCUUUGAUUGGCUGGAGAAAAUGAAGGCACAUUCACUCAUUAAUAUCUCAGUCAAAUUUGCCCAGUGCUUUUGGAAGGCCAUAUUUGUUUGGUCAUGCUGAAAUGUAGAGCUGUAUGUCAUCUGCAUAGUCAUGUGGAUGUAAAAUAGAGGAGACCCCAGGAUUGAGCCUAGGGGAACUCCACAUGUAAUUUAUUUGUCAACUCAGAUGUGAAGUCACCUUUUGACAAAAAGUAUUCCCUGCCCUUUCAGUAAGACUGAAACCAGUUUAGUACAGGACCAAAAAGUGCUGCCAAGUUCCUCAUUGGGUGAAGUAGUAUGUUGUGGUCAACUCUGUUGAAUACAGAACAAAUAUCCAUCAAUACAAAAACUCAACGUCUGCCCCUUGAAAAACAACACACAGGAAAAAAAAAAGGUGCAUAUAGCUUCCUACGCUUUGAAACCUGUGCACUGCCAAAAGGUCCCCGAAAUCAAACUUUCCAAUCAGCCAGUGUUGAACUUGUUGCAGGCUUGUAACACCGUGUCCUAACAGAACACAGGAUAUUGCCCAGCAUUGGACCCUCAAUGUCUGCACUUUAUCACUUAGAUAUUUGAUUCUAUGUCCAUCUAGUGCUUUUAUUUUGAAAAGAUAUUUGACGUACCUUGUGAGCCACAGAUAUGACUGAUGCACUACUACC